AUGAGUAUAGCUGCAUAUGCGUAUGAAGCUGACAGAGCUAAACGUUUAUAUUUUGGUCAAUACUCUCUCACACUUACUGACAAAUAUAUUGUUAUCAGUGAUGGAAAUACCGAGAAAUACAUAACAUGGAAGGACUAUGAAAAGUUUGACCCUAUUUUAACUCCAUGCACUAUGCCAUUCAUUGUAAAUGGUGAAGUUGUCAUGAAGAACGACACAACAGUAUAUAAGUCUGUUCAUGAAGCGUUAGAAUAUAUGUUGAAUCAUAACCCAAAAAGAUUCGAUCCAAGCACUACACCAUGUGCAAUGCCUUUUAUUAAGGACGGUGAAAUCGUAAGAGUUCCGGAUUCAACGGUUUACACAGCUGUUCAAAACAGUUUACAAAACAUUUUAGCGAAUAUCUUUAAUUCAGAAACUACAGAAAUAAAAUUACCAUAUAUAACAGAUGCUAAAGAAAUUAAAUCAAAAACGACAACAUUAUUUACGUCACUUAAUGAUUUAAUGACUUAU